AUGAGGUUCUUUGCUGCUAGUAAUAAUCAAUAUAAGUCUUAACUUUUGCAAUUAGACUAUGAAUAAUUCAAAUUUGAGAAUAUUCUAUUCGAGAAAAGAGAAGGAGGAGUAGGAUAUGUUUAGCUAAACAGACCAAAGGCUCUUAAUGCUCUUUGUGAUGGACUAUUCACUGAACUCAUUCAAAUUCUAAAGGAGAUGGAUAAUGAUCCAGAGGUUGGAUGUAUCAUUCUAACUGGUAGUGAGAAGGCUUUUGCUGCAGGAGCUGAUAUCAAGGAGAUGAAAGAUCAGACUUUCCCACAUACUUAUACCUCAAAUAUGCUUGGAUGGUGGGAUGAAAUCACUAGAAUUAGAAAACCAAUUGUUGGAGGAGUUAAUGGAUACGCUUUAGGAGGUGGCUGUGAGCUCGCUAUGAUUUGUGAUAUAUUAAUUGCAGGAAGUAAUGCCAAAUUUGGUCAGCCUGAAAUUACUCUUGGAACUAUUCCAGGAAUGGGAGGUUCUCAAAGACUGACAAGGGUUAUUGGUAAAUCAAGAGCAAUGGAAAUGGUUCUGACUGGAGAAUUUAUGGAUGCUAAUGAAGCAGUCCAAAGAGGAUUAGUUAGCAGAGUCGUUGAGCCAAAGCUAUUGAAUGACGAGCUUAUGAGAGUUAGUAGGAAAAUAGCCUCAAUGUCUAAGCCAAUCACAAUGAUGUGCAAAGAGGUUGUUAAUGAAGCAUAUGAGACUGGUCUUAAGGAUGGAUUGAAAUAUGAAAGAAGAAUUUUCCACUCUACUUUUGCAACUAAUGACAGAAAGGAAGGCAUGACUGCUUUCGCUGAAAAAAGAAAGCCAAACUGGACUGAUUCAUGA